AUGGCGUACAGUCAUAUAUACGUGAAUUGCAUGCCAGAAGAGCAAUUCCCAGUUGCAGCAACACUGUCUUCAUAUUCGCCAACACAAAAUCAAUCUUACUUGGGCUACUCAACCAAAAUAGCACUAUGA